AUGCUCUUUAUCGUGAGCGUCACGUUUUUCUACCUCCUCCAGAAACAACGUCAUCGACCUCGCAACCGUGUCACCGAUGUCGAAAAAUGCCGCCAACUCAUAGCAGCAGACGGCCAAUUCAUGGGCAAGACCAACCUGCUCUCUCCCCUCGCGUCACGAGAACUACCCAACCGGCCGCUUCGGAUUACAUUCGGCAUCGAGAACGCAUUCACCACUCCCGACGAGGAACUUGCCGCCCAAUUCGUCCACAGAUCCAGGGCACUGGUGAAUGUGACCGCGAUAGAAUGGUACUACGUGUCUAGAAAGAUCCGCAAAGCGGCUCGCCUAUGGCUCGCCCAUCCCAUCGAAGAGAUUCCUAUCGCACGACUGGUGCAGGUCCUCUCGCUGCGCUUGGUCAUCAUGACUUUGCUGGAGAUCAAGCUUCCCGUGAAGGUCUGGAACGAGCUGUAUCUUGCCAACCUCGCAUCCCAGAUCAACGAGCUCUGGAUAAUCUCCGAGAGCGACCAGACCCCGCCGUUCGCGGGAAGCGUUCUCAUUCGGGAAGCCCUCUCCUCGCUGUGCCCCGGUUAUGACCUCUCCCAGCCUCGCGAUAACCCGUUGAAUCUCAUUCUCCCCGGCUUUGAAACCACGUGGCGGGUCGCGCUGCGCUUGCUUCUCGAGCUGAGGCGUGGUGAUCCCGACUGGAUCGAUCUUGUGAUCGGAUUCUCUCGAAGGCCGACUACGGGUAAUCUGAAGGAGAGAAACUCAUCCGGGGUCUGCGCGGAACACCUGAUUUUUGAAGCGCUUCGUCUAUACCCGCCCACCAAAAGAAUCUGUCGCGCAUUCAGGUGGCAGGAUGCAAGCAAGAAUAUCGUUGAGCAGGACACUUACGCGGCGGACAUCGAAGCCUGCCAUCUGUCGGUGGAUAUCUGGGGACAGGAUGCCAGGGAGUUCAAUCCCCUCCGAUGGGCGAAUCCGACUCAGGGACAAAAAAGGGCCUUCAUGCCGUUCGGAGCGCCCCCGUUCGAAUGUCCCGCGAAACCCGUUUUCGGUCCCAAGAUGAUCGGCACGAUUGUGGGUGUCCUGCUGCAGGGGUUGGAAGAAAAAGGACAGUGGACGACGGUUGAUUCCUACGGGCGGGAGAUGGAUGUGAACUUUUACGGUGCGAGGUUGAGUAAUGCGAGAAGUGCGUAUGACGAGUUGAUUUUCAGACUAGAUGGUCGCGAUGCAGAGUGA